AUGCAAAACGGCGGUGAGCGGAAGAGAAUCCGCCCGUCGACGGCGGAGGAUGAGGUGCUGAAGAAGAACACCGACUGCGUGUUCUUCCUGGCGUCGCCAUUGGCCUGCAAUAAGGGAAACGAAUGCGAGUAUCGUCAUACUGAGGGUGCCAUAUUCAACCCCAAGGAUUGCUGGUACUGGCUGAAUGGGAAUUGCCUGAAUCCAAAAUGUUUAUUCCGACAUCCACCACUUGAUGGCCUGUUUGGGACUCAAGGGCCUUCUUCAAGGCUGGUUCAACCUCCUUCACAAACUGUUGCAACAACAAAAAUCCCUGCAGGGCAUGCUCCUUAUACUACGAAAAAGCAAAGUGCGCCGUGCUAUCAUUUUCAAAGAGGACACUGUUUGAAAGGUGAAAGAUGCCCUUUCACCCAUGGCCCGCAGGCAUCUGGUAAUCCUAUUUUGCAGCAGGUCGCAAAGGUUACUACAACAACUCCUGAACCAUCACUUCAGCAUUCCCACAAAAAUCAAAGGCAGAUUCCUCACGGAAACUCCAUAAGCACUCGCCUGCAAGGAAGAAUUACACUCCCUGGAAGGUCUUCACCUAACAUCCCAAAUGAUUUGCAAUCUGAUAAUAAUGGAAAUAGAGGAAGACCUCGAGGCAGAUUGUCACCACCCAGACCAAGAAAUUAUUGGGGGUGGCAUCAUGAAAGAGUAAGACAGAGAUCAAAUGAGGAGUUCGCUGCAGAUGCAAGGAGUACUAUAGUAAAGCGAACUAGAAGAGAUGAUACAGGCCCCCUAGAUUUUGCUGGUCCAAAGAGUCUUGCAGAGCUGAAAGGUACAAAGGUUAUUGAGAAUUCUCAAGAGGUGUCAACCAAGAGUACAGGUGAUGCUGCCCCUCUAGAGCUGAAUAAUAUGAAGCUUGCAAAAGAAGCAGGGCUUCGGUAUCCCAAAGAUUCUCUCUCAUUUGAAGGUCCGAAGCCACUGAGCAUCAUUCUUAAAAGAAAAAGAGAGGCAGUGUCUGCGAAUGGUGCAAGCAGUGGAGAUGAAAAUGAUCGAAGAAAAGGAGAAAAUACAGCAGGUGGUUCUGUCUCAGUUGCUUUAUCAGAUGUGCGGUCUAUUCUUCCAGUAGAAACCAAGAAAGAUGGUCAUGACAAGGCCAGUAGCCUUGAAGAACACAGGGAUAGAACAGCCAAGAAGGAAGAAGAAGAGGGUCUAAACCAUGGAGAAGAGGGAUCAAUCUGUGAUGGUUGUUCUUCAGCUAAAGAAGAUAUGUUUGAUGCAGAUGAUAAUAUGGAAGUGGAUGCUAUGGAAGAUCAAGAGCUGGAAAUCUAUGACCAAACAUAUGGAGAGUCUGAUUAUGAGGCAGUUGAGGGUGGGGACUCAAACAGCAAAUAUGAUGAGGAUGUAUACCAAGAGAAUGAAGAUGAGUUUGAUGAUGAGGAUGACUUUGCUAAGAAGGUCGGUGCUCUGCUUGGUUGCGUGUAGGUAAAUUAAGACUGUUUUUUCUUGUUUUGCUAUGCUCGAGGAGGCCUCAGUUAUGUAAUUUCUGAAUCCAUUGGAGAGUGUUCGUGGCGCUUGAUGCUUUUUAGAACAGUGCCAGGGGGGCCUUUUCAUUCUGCAUGCUUGUUUGCUAGCAGUCG